UUAAUACCGAAUUUAACAUUUUUAUUUAAACAGCUGUAGUAUAUAUAUAUACGAGGCGUUGAAUUGACCAUUCUGUGGCCUUUCCUUCUCUGUAACACUUCAUCUCCUCUCUCUCUCCUGUCUUCUCCCACAAAAUGCCAUGUCUAUAGAUCCAUACAUAGAUAUAGAGAGAGAACGAAAGGAGAGAAAUUCAAGGAUUCCUGCGGAAACCCAAGACCCAGCAUUCAAGAAUGAGGAGUUCUGGGUUUCACUCAAUCAGAGCCGUUUUCUUGAUCUUGAUCGCGGCGUUAGUGCCGUUGGAUUGCAUCGGGAUUCGGAGCGUCCCGGAGAGAAACGGGUUCGGGUUUUCCGAGGCGCCGGAGUACCGGAACGGCGCGGAGUGUCCGGUGAGGCGGGGGGAGGGGGAAACGGCGUCGUGUUGUGACCCGUUUCUGGUCCACAUUGCGAUGACGCUGGACUCGGAGUACCUCCGCGGGUCGAUGGCGGCGGUGCACUCCGUCCUCCGCCACGCGUCGUGCCCGGAGCAGGUGUUCCUCCACUUCGUCGCCGCCGAGUUCGACGCCGUGACGCCGCGCGUCCUCACGCGCCACGUCCGAUCCGUUUUCCCGUCGCUCAACUUCAAGGUCUACAUUUUCCGGGAAGACAGGGUCCUAAACCUAAUUUCCUCUUCGAUCCGCAGAGCCCUCGAGAAUCCGUUAAACUACGCCCGGAACUAUCUUGGAGACAUGCUCGACGCGUGCGUGACACGCGUCAUCUACCUCGACUCCGACGUCGUCCUCGUCGACGACAUCCUCAAGCUCUGGAACGUCCCCCUCGCCGAUUCCCGCGUCGUCGGAGCGCCGGAGUAUUGCCACGCCAAUUUCACCAAAUAUUUCACCGAUUCCUUCUGGUCCGACCCGGUUCUCCCGCGGGCUUUCGGGUCCAGAACCCGCACCCCCUGCUACUUCAACACCGGCGUCAUGGUCAUGGAUCUCCGGCGGUGGCGCGCCGGAAAUUACAGACGGAAACUGGAGAAAUGGAUGGAGCUUCAGAGGAAGAGAAGGAUUUACGAGCUGGGAUCGCUGCCGCCAUUUUUGCUGGUGUUUGGUGGGCUUAUCGAGCCCAUUAAUCACCGAUGGAACCAACAUGGGCUGGGCGGGGACAACGAAUUGGGCUCUUGUCGGGCCCUGCAUCCCGGCCCAGUAAGCCUGCUACAUUGGAGUGGGAAAGGGAAGCCAUGGGUGAGGCUUGAUGAGAAGAAACCCUGUCCGUUGGAUCAUCUCUGGGAGCCCUAUGAUCUGUACAAUCAAAGGAAGCCAAAGUUCCAACAUGCAUUAAGGGAUAGUACCAGCAAGUUAGAGUUGUCCAAUUAUUUCAUUUGAAUCGGAUCUUUUUGACAUUUUUUUUGAGUUUAGGGUUUGUAUAGAUUGAUGAUUGGUUGGGAAAAAAAAGGAUAGAAAAUUAGAGGACUUAGUUGAUUUUUUUUUUUUUUUUUUUUUUUUUUGUGGUUAAAAUUCAUUACUUAAUGAAUUGUACUUUUUUCAUAGCAUUAUUUCUUUGGUGCAUUUAAUUUGAUAUGAAACAUUGAUGAGAGUCAAACUUAAAUUUAUUA